AUGGCUGAACCAGGACCAGCAAUAGCUCACCUUCGCCCCAACCCGUGGGCGAACAGUCUCAUUGCCUCGACAGACUACAAGGCAAUUGAAACCGACUCCCGACGCCUAAAGCCCUCCACCGGCGAAGAUGGCUACUUUGCGCAAACCCUCAAUACACCUGCUACCAUCCCUCAUUGUCUAACCCUGCAACGAGUCAACAUUCAGCCAGCACCCGCUGAAACACCGACUUGGCUUCCCGCAACCAAACCCGAUGCCUCAAAGCCCCCUACGCCGACGCCCAACCCCGCGGAUAUCGUGAUGAUCUUUGAUCUUGGUAGCCCUGGUCUCUCGGGGCAUCCCUCCACCGUACAUGGCGGCAUCGUUGCGACAUUGAUUGACGAGGCAAUGUCGCUAGCGGUGGCCGCGCACACGAACGCGCCCAGCACGGGCACCGAUGAUAAUCCGCGGGGAAAGAUCUUUACCGCCCAAUUGGACGUGCGGUAUAAGAAAAGGGUCGUCACGCCUGCUUUGCUGGUGAUCAAGGCAAAGGUUGUUGGGAGGGUGGGGAAGAAGUUCUGGGUCCGGGCUCAGGCUUUACAGGAGGAUGAAGAUAACGGGGGACACCUGGAAUGGGCAAAGAGGAAGGUCGUGAAAGCUGAUGCCAUGGCUUUCUGGAUCGUCACCUCUGACUCGAAGCUAUGA